CUCUGGCAAGAAAGUCGACAAGAUUGAACUUGCUUGCCAGUUGGUACUUCGGUUUUACUGCUGAACGUGCGGAUAUUUUCAUCGGGAAAAAUGCCUGUGACUCUACAAGUAACUCCUCCGACAGAGGAAAGAGCUACCUAUAUUGACCACAUAUUAUGGGCUCCAAAAAAGAAGCAAAAGUACCGAAGAAGGAAUUGUGUUCGGCAGGAAACUCGCGUGCAUUCGAAGUGUAGGAAACGGCUACAGUUCAACCAUGUAGCAGACAUCGAAGAACCAAUGGAAGUGUCUCCAAAUGAGCCCCCUAGAGUUUCUGUUGAUAGCCAAAAGAAAGAAACCAAGCCAGAAGAGGUCCCAGCUACUCCAGAAUUAAAGAGAAGACUAGAAACAGCUAACCAGAUAGAUUUGAAAGUUCGUCUUCGUGUAUCUUCGAAACAAGAUGGAGCUCGCAGCACUCAUCCACAAGCAGCGAAAAGAAGGCUUUCUUUAAGUUCUUUUCGAUAAUCUUUUCAACCAGAACAUGAAUCAUGGGAUUAAUUGUACACAUUAAAUGGAACUUUCAUUCAACGUAUAGCUGAACGAGUUCCUGUUGGAGUAGGAAAUGGAAUAUUAUGAAAAUAUUACGAUAAACCAACUCUGCAUUGAACAUUAAUAUGAGAAUUGGAAACUCACGAAAAUAGGAGUAACUCCGGUUGAAAAUUUAAAUUUAUUGUAAAGUACAAAUAAUACAGGGGAUUGUUCAGAACAUUUAUAAAGUAAAAUUAUUUCUCUCAAGUUUUAAGAGAAUAAUGUAUUCUUCAUAGGCUUUCAAACA